GUUACUUCUGUAUCCGCUCACUUUCAAGUGUCACAGCCAUUGUCCGGGCAGCGCGCAGCUCCAAGUUGUUGGCAAAAUGUCCACAGAGAAGGAAAAGGACACGAGCUCGAUCGAAGACUCCUCCAAUCCCGAGUUGCCGCAGGAAACUGUAGAUAAUGACCGUCUCCUGAACAAACGGGAGUCCCUCAGCAUUUACUUUACCAUCCUUGCUGCUGGCUUUGGUUUGAUUAGCGAUGGAUACCAGAACAAUCUAAUGACAAUGUCUAAUGUCAUUUUCAAGCAGUUAUACCCCCAUGAUUACACCUCCGCUGUUUCUACUCGUGUUUCGAACGCUCUGCUUGUCGGUGCUAUCGUUGGACAAAUCAUCGUUGGCUUAAUUUGCGAUCGUCUUGGGCGCAAGGUUGCGUUAGUGACGACUACGUUACUGAUUGUCAUCGGAGCCACCCUCGGGACUGCAGCCCACGGAGCUCAUGGCAGCGCACAAGGCCUUUUCUGGUUUUUGACGUUCGCAAGAGGCAUCACUGGAAUUGGUGUCGGAGGCGAGUAUCCUGCCUCGUCAACUAGUGCCAGUGAAGCAGCAAAUGAGAAAAGCCUCAAAAGUCGGGGGCCAGUGUUCAUCAUGGUCACCAAUUUUGUUUUGAGUUUCGGAGGCCCACUUGCCGUGUCGGUAUUCCUCAUCGUACUGUCAGCCGCAGGGGGGGAUCACCUUGAGACUGUCUGGCGUGUCUGCUUUGGCAUAGGCAUUCUACUCCCAUUAACCGUGUUCUUCUUCCGUCUGCGCAUGCUCAGCUCGAAGCUCUAUCGGAAGGGCGCAAUCAAAAGCCGCGUACCAUAUUGGUUGGUCGCAAAACGGUAUUGGAGGACUUUGAUUGGAACCUGUGGAGCGUGGUUUUUAUACGAUUUUGUGACUUUUCCUAACGGGGUGUUCUCUGGGACUAUCAUUUCCAGUGUCAUCCACGACGGCGACAUUAAGAAAACGGCCGAAUGGCAGCUGCUCCUCGGUGCAAUAUCUCUUCCUGGUGUCGUUGUAGGUGCUUGGCUCUGCAACCGCCUGGGCCGUCGCAACACAAUGAUUCUCGGGUUUUCCGGUUACCUCGUCUUUGGCUUGAUAAUCGGCCUAGCGUACAACAAGAUUACCAAAAUCAUUCCACUUUUCAUCAUUUUCUACGGGCUUAUGCAGUCGUUCGGAAACUUGGGUCCCGGUAACAUGUUGGGCCUCACUAGCUCUGAGUCGUACGCUACUGCCAUACGGGGAACAUGCUAUGGUUUAUCAGCUGCUAUCGGUAAAACGGGCGCUGCUGUUGGUACCCAGGCCUUCACACCUAUUCAGACGAACCUGGGCAAGAACUGGACCUUUAUCAUCGCUGCUAUUUGCGGUGUCACUGGCGUUUUGGUCACGUACCUCUGUAUUCCAGAUAUGACUGGCAUUGACCUGGCCGAGGAAGAUGCUAAGUUCAUGCAAUAUCUUGCUGACCAUGGUUGGGAAGGUGACGUGGGAGAGGACAGUGAGAAAGAGCUCGUCUCGGAACGUAUUUCAGAAUGAUUUGCUUUCCUGCUAGGCUAGUAGGACAUCUAUCUCAAUGAUCGUUACGAAAUUACGAAAUGCCAGUGCUAUGACCUGCAUGCAUACUAUUGUACAACCCUCAGUGAAACACCCACAUCACAGUGAAACAAAGUCAGAUUCAACCGUAUCUCGCUCAU